AUUCAAAAAUGGCGACGUUGAAAUCACUUAGUGAAUCCUAAAAAAGUUUUAAACCGGUUUAAACAUGUCUAAAACUGAGCGACUGCCCUUCUGUAAUUCUUGUGGUAGUUCUGAUUCUAAAUAUCGUUGUCCAAGAUGUGACGCAGUCUCUUGUAGCUUAGCCUGUGUUAAGAAACAUAAGGUGCUUAAUUCUUGCUCCGGGCAACGAGACAAGACAAAAUACAUUAAUAAAAGUGAAUAUAAUGAGCAGAACCUUCUAAGCGAUUAUAGACUACUGGAGGAGACAAACAGAGUUGUAGAUAAUGCUCAGAGGGACCACAAAAGGAAGAAACAGUUCUUUUCCAGCAAUGUAAAAAGACUCAGAGUUGAGGCAGCUAAGAAAGGGGUUAACCUUAGGUUAAUGCCAGUCAGUUUUCAGAAAAGAAAAGAAAACACAAGUUUUUUUCACUUUAAAAGUAAAGUUAUAAUGUGGAGAAUAAAAUGGGAGUUUCCUCAAGCAAAUACUCAUUAUGUCGAAGCAAAGCAAUCAGAAAAUGUGCUGAUUAAAACGCUGUUGGAAAAAUACUUAGAUCCCACCAAUGCAGAUCCUGUCUUCAAACAGAAGCUUAGAGUUUAUCGUGAUGCUGAAAUUGGGAUAUUUCUUCAAAACCACUCCACCCAACAAAGAAGCUUCUUCAAAAUUGAUACGUUGGUAACUGUGAAAGAUGCAUUAAAAGGAAAGAUGGUAAUUGAGUAUCCGACAUUUCAUGUCGUCUUAUCUCGUCAUUUCUCAGAAUAUCCAACAGAUAUAUCUGGCCCAAUUGUGAAACGGGCAAGAGUGGAAAGCCAGAACGACAGUUCAACCAGCGAAAGCGACGACAGUUCUGGUCCGUGUUUGGAGGAUCUCGGAAGGGUAAAGAAGUGUGAGAAGGAAACAACGAAUGAUACGUUGGAGGAAAAGCUGGAAGAAAUAAACAAUCAUGGCAAAGAUGAAGUGGAUAAAGUAGAAUGUGUGGAAUGAACGGAAUUACAGACAGAAGUACCAGAUUUUCCCAGAAUCGUGAUGCCAAUCCUUUCUUUAACCUCACAAUCCACUUCCCACCACGCUUAUUUGCUUCGUCCUACAGCAAAAUUCAACAAAGGUUAUUCCUGCAUUGAAAUAUAGUAUAAACUAUAGUUAAUCCUUAUACAUUCACAAUAAGGUUACCUCCCA